CCUUUGUCCGUUCAAGGAGAUCUGCCUCCCCCUCUGUUUGGGGAAAAGGGACUUUAGCGCUAAGCGUGUCCGUUCUCCUUGGCCCUUUGGAGUCUUGCUCUCAUUUGUAACGCAUUGCACGUACACAGUUGCUCGAGGUGCGUGAACAGAGAGACAAGCUCGCUGACUCAGGCUGUGAUUGCUGCGCAGGCUGACGUGGAGCGAUGGCACCCAAUGUGGAAGGAAGCGAGGAGGCCCUGCUCCCCGAUCUCCCCAGGGGGCCCCUGCAUGCCUACCGCGCCCGCGCCUCCUUCAACUGGAAGGAGCUGGCGCUGUUCUUGGAAGGCGAGGACAUGCUGCGCCUGAAGAAGUCCAUUUUCUCGGCCUUGGAGAGCGACCCCCUGUUUGCCCGGCCGGGCCGCGGCCUCUCGGUGGACAAGCUGCGGGAGCUGACCUUUCUGCGCUGCCGGCGCGUCUUCCAGCUGGACUGCCUGCACGCGGACACCCUGCUGCAGAGCCCGCCGCGGAUCCUGGCGCUGGUCACCUGCCUGGGCAUGUACGACUGGUCCCUGGCCACCAAGGCCUUCCUGCACGUGUUUGUGUUUGGAUCAGCGAUUUUCAACUCUGGUUCUGAAAGGCAUUUCAAAUACAUUCCCAAGAUCUUCAACAUGGAGAUCUUCGGCUGCUUCGCGCUGACCGAGCUCAGUCACGGCAGUAACACCAAGGCCGUGCGGACGACCGCCCACUACGACCCGGCCACCGAGGAAUUCAUCAUCCAUUCCCCCGACUUCGAAGCCGCCAAGUUCUGGGUCGGCAACAUGGGCAAGACGGCCACGCACGCGGUGGUGUUCGCGCAGCUGUACGUGCCGGGGGGCCAGUGCCACGGCCUGCACCCCUUCCUCGUGCAGAUUCGGGACCCGAAGACCCUCCUCCCCAUGCCCGGCGUGAUGGUGGGCGACAUAGGGGAGAAGCUCGGGCAGAACGGCCUGGACAACGGCUUCGCCAUGUUCCACAAGGUCCGGAUCCCUCGCCAGGACCUCCUCAACCGGACGGGAGACGUCACCCCCGAGGGCACCUACGUCACCCGCUUCAAGGUACAGCGUCGGCGCGGGAGCCGGGGUGGGUGGCAGACCUCGUGGUCCCACCCUGGGUGGGAGCCUGCAGACUCCCUGGCUGGGACCCCCUUCCUCGUGGAGCUGAGCGCCCCGGGGCCUCCCCACCCGUCCCAUGAGGGUCAUCAAGGCCCUGCCCCCGGGGAGGAGGUGCCAGUGCUUGAGUACCAGCUGCAGCAGUGGCGCCUGCUCCCAUACCUGGCGGCGGCCUACGCCUUGGACCACUUCUCCAAGUCGCUCUUCCGGGACCUGAUGGUGCUCCAGCGAGGCCUCCAGCGGGACGACCGGAGCGCCAGGCAGGCAGAGCUGGGACGUGAGAUCCACGCCUUGGCGUCGGCCGGCAAGCCCCUGGCCUCGUGGACGGCCCAGCGGGGGAUCCAGGAGUGCCGCGAGGCGUGUGGAGGACACGGCUACCUGGCCGUGAACCGCCUGGGCGACCUCAGGAACGACAACGACCCCAACUGCACGUACGAAGGCGACAACAACGUGCUGCAUUCGAAUGUGCAGCCAAGUGCCGGACACCUGCUGGGCGCUCUGUUACUCGAGUACCGGCCACCUGCUGGGCGCUCUGUUACUCGAGUACCGGCCGCCUGCUGGGCGCUCUGUGGUCACUUUUUCCUGUUUCCAUCCCAAGUCCCCCUGGCGGCAUACGAGUGGCUGGUCUGCUACCUGCUCCGAGAGAGUCACCAGAAAAUAACUCAGGAGAAGAGGUCCGGAAGCAGUGACUUUGAAGCGAGAAAUAACUCCCAGGUGUGUGCGUCUUCCAAACGGCUUAGUUUAUCACUCACCCUAACGACUUGGCUCCCAGCCCCGGUGACCAGCGCUGUGCUUGCAGGCGGCUACUUUUCCGGGGAGCAAGCCGGGAAGAUGCUGGAGGGCGCCAUCCUGGAGCUGUGUUCCCAGGUGAGUGGGAGGCCCUCCACGUUCCCGUGGCCCCUGUGUCACCUGUCACCCGUGCUCCCAUGUGCCCCUCUGCACCCACGCUCUCCGCUCUCACCCCCGCUCCCGAGCUCCGCCUCGUGCACACGGCCCUCAGCAGAGCAGGGAAGUUACCGGAAACUCUGCCCCGGCCCGAAACUUCGGGGAGAGGGAUUAGUGGGACGGCCUCAGAAUCGGGCACGUUCAGCCCUUUCCCCGAGCACUUCAAGGCUCCCAGCCUGCAGCCCAACCUCAUUUCGUGGCACGAACUCAGGUGGCUGA